CACAAGCAGACCAACAACAUGGCGCCAGCACUCAACCCCCCCAAGCUCGCCGGCAUAAUUCUUCCGUCCAUCAUCGCCGCCGCAGGCGUUGCCUUCUUUCUCCUCUCCCCACCCACUCCCAAACGAACCCUAAUCCUCCUCACAACCACCGCCGCCGCAUGCUCUGCCGCCGCCUUCCUUCUCUCCCGCCCCCGACCCGUUUACUUAAUCGACUACGCGUGCUUGCGUCCGCUACGUUAUUGCCGCGUUCCCUUCGCCACCUUCAUGGAGCACGCGCGGCUGUGGACUUCUUCCGAGUUCCAAAUGAAGAUUUUGGAGCGGUCGGGGCUUGGGGAGGAGACGUGCUUGCCGCCGCCGAACCACUACUUGCCGCCGCUGAGGACGAUGGAAGGGGGGAGGGCGGAGGCGGAGCUCGUGAUCUUUUCGGCGGUGGAGGAGUUGUUCGGGAGGACGGGGAUGAAGGGGAAGGAUGUGGAUGCGGUGGUGGUUAAUUGUAGCUUGUUUGCGCCGACGCCGUCCAUGGCGGAUAUGUUGGUGAAUAAGUAUAAGAUGAGGAGUGAUGUGCGAGCGUAUAAUUUGUCUGGAAUGGGGUGCAGUGCGGGGAUCAUAGCCCUUGAUCUGGCUCGGCAUCUUCUACAGGUGCACCACAAGUCCAAUGCCCUGAUCGUGUCCACCGAAAUUAUCAGCCCCAACUACUACGCCGGGCGGCCGAGGCUCCUCCCCAACUGCCUCUUCCGCAUGGGCGCCUCCGCCUCCCUCCUCUCCAACCACCCCUCCUCCCUCCCCUCCCCCAAAUACCGCCUACUCCACAUCGUCCGCACCCACCGCGGCUCGGACGACCGCUCCUUCCUCUGCGUCAACCAACAAGAAGACCCCUCCGGUCAAGUCGGCAUUUCCCUCUCCAAAGACCUCAUGAACGUCGCCGGCGAAUCCCUCCGCUCCAACAUCACCGCCAUCGCUCCCCUCGUCCUCCCCGCCACCGAACAGCUCCGUUUCCUCCUCGCACUCAUCGCCCGCCGCGCCCUCUCCUCCUCCUGGCCCCCUUACAUCCCCGACUUCCGCAAGGCUUUCGAUCAUUUCUGCAUCCACGCCGGCGGUCGAGCCGUCAUCGACGAGCUCCAGCGAAGCCUCAGGCUCAAGCCGGGGGACGUGGAGGCGUCGCGAAUGACCCUGCAUCGAUUUGGGAAUACGUCGAGCAGUUCGCUGUGGUAUGAGUUGGCGUACGUGGAAGCCAAGGGGAGGAUGAGGAAAGGGGAUAGGAUUUGGAUGAUCGGGUUUGGGAGCGGCUUUAAGUGUAACAGUGCGGUUUGGCGGUGCGUUCGCAAGUUCGACGAGCUGGCAAACGGGCCGUGGGAUGGCUGCAUCCACCGGUAUCCGGUCGAAGUGCCGGAGGUCCUUACCUUCACUUAGUUCUUCAUUUGAUCUGGGUUCGGCAAGCUGGACUUUAGCAAUAAUCCAUUGUGAAUGAAAUUUUAUGAAUUUAAUCCUCCUAUUUCAAUUCCUCCACAUAUGUUCGUUAUCAUUUCUCUUUGUCUUGCCUCAUUAUGUUUUCUAAUUAGUUGCCCGUUGGGAAUAGAAGAAGGAACAUGAUUUGAUAAAUUUGUCAUGAGGAUGUUGCUGAAUCUAA